AAAAAUCUGGCCAAUAUUUCUAUUGGUAGGCGAGCUUGGAUAGAAGGGGACAAUCAGUCAGUGGGACCAGGUAGCCACCUCAAAGCAUAUCUGGUUACUUUCGAUGACAGCGUAACCAUGACAAAAUCAUUUGACAAAAACUAUUGUCUUUUCCUCGCCAUCCACGGGUCAGAUAACCAACCAAUCACAGUUCACAUAAUCGCUUUUCUUUCCAUCUUAGAAUAAUAUUAUUAAAUCAAGCGAGCGAGCCUGGUCUUCAGGAGUAGGUAAUGUUGAAACGACAUAGAAAAGGUGGACAACGACUGUGGAAGGAGUAAACACUGUCUCUCAGUAUACUUGGUGGGAUUGCUGUGCAUGUUGUGUUGCCAUUCAUGAACGGGACUUUAGUUUUUACAUUUCGAUUGGAUUUUAUAUUUUGAUAGAGCCUACUUUUGGAGAACUUCAUGGUUGUUCGUGGACUUACAGUGUAGGUUACUUGCAUUAAUGUCUUAGCCAUAACAGAGGACGUGGAAGUAGAGCAAAAAUAUACCUGUUUAUUAACUAGCAACUAUGUCUAUGCUUCCAACUUUUGGCUUUACGCAAGAGCAAGUUGCGUGCGUCUGCGAGGUCCUCCAACAGGGUGGAAACAUCGAACGGCUCGGGCGCUUUUUGUGGUCUUUACCCGCGUGUGAGCACCUCCACAAAAAUGAAAGUGUUCUCAAAGCUAAAGCUGUGGUCGCCUUUCACAGAGGAAAUUUCAGAGAGCUUUAUAAGAUCCUUGAGAGCCACCAAUUUUCCCCUCACAAUCACCCGAAGCUGCAACAGCUUUGGCUCAAAGCACACUAUAUCGAGGCGGAGAARCUCCGAGGCCGCCCUCUCGGGGCUGUGGGAAAGUACCGUGUCCGCAGAAAGUUCCCCCUGCCUCGGUCUAUCUGGGACGGCGAGGAGACAAGUUACUGUUUCAAAGAGAAGAGCAGGAACGUACUCAGAGAAUGGUACACGCAUAACCCCUACCCUUCCCCGCGRGAGAAGAGGGAGCUCGCCGAGGGCACAGGGUUGACAACCACACAAGUCAGUAACUGGUUCAAAAACAGACGGCAAAGAGACCGCGCGGCAGAAGCUAAGGAAAGGUACGAGGAAAACAACGAAAACUCCAACACCAACAGCCACAACCCAUUGACUUCUUCCAUGAAUGGAAAUAAAACACUUUUGGGGAGCUCAGACGACGACAAAACGCCUUCAGGGACUCCGGAUCACACUUCGUCGAGCCCGGCAAUGCUCCUCGCUUCAAACUCCGGGCUGCAGAUGCACGGCCUCGCGCCUCCACCCGGGCCUAGCGCCAUCCUCGUGUCCAGCCUUGACUCUGUGCACCAUCAUCACUCUUUGCACGACACUAUACUGAACCCUAUGUCGUCCAACCUGGUCGACCUCGGCUCUUAAACACGAGACCCUGUUGGGAAAGACCUUUCUGAGUGCACAUGGAUGUUUGAGAAAAGCUUCAGGCACUUGAGGCAAAAGGAAAGAACAGAGUCGGAAAAAUGUGGCACACGCCGUGAGAGGUGAGAUGGUAGGCGUUUAGCUGAACAGGCUGGACUGAAAGGUAUUUUACCGGGAUGUAAUAACAUGUCAUACUGUUGAAAACAAUAACAAUAAAAUGUUUUAAUUCUUGUUA